AUGACGGGAAUGGAACGAACAAGAGAGGCCUUCCACCUCAUGACCACCAAUAAGGUCCCGAAACUGAGGCGGAAACUUCAAAAAUCUGUCUCCAAGUCAAAACGCACCGACGAACCGAGGAGGGUGGUAUCAGACACAUACAGCAAGAGAAAAUCCUCAAAACACCACAUCACCACUGCCGACAUCAGCAGUCCCAUCACAGCUACACCACCGCUUUUACCUCCUGUGACAGUAACACCAGGAAUCAGGGAGCCGGAAUGGUCAGAAUACCUAUGGCACUCUCCUCCGCGGACACCUCCUCGGCCUCGACGGUACGACAGGAACCAACAGCCACAGACACAACCAGAACCCAAAGAAGAUAUCCCAAACCCCGAUUCACCCGUCAGGAUCAUUCCCGAGCUCUCCCACCUCGCCAUCAGCGAUGCCGACCGCCGGGCAUCUAUGAGCAGUGGUGAUCCCUCGUCCCCGGUCUCUCAAGGCUCACCAAGACGCUGUGCAAAGACACCCAUCUCCUUCAUCGGCCAACUAGAAAGUGGAAACAUUCCCCGGCCACGAAACGCUCUAGCAGACGAGAAGCGGUCCAGCGUUGCACAAAUCGCCGAGGAAUCUCGCGCCCUUCUGGAAUCUCGCAACUCCUCCAUCUUCUCCCACGCCCGCUCAGACCCGACAUAUUCCAGAGAGCAGCUGAGGAGACAACAAACCACCUCAUCCUCACGACGGGCCCAGUCCCAACCACCAAUUUCACGAAUGAACACCACUCGCAACCGUCAGGUUUCAGUCGGGAACGGAAAUGGCCACCGCAACAGCCACACCGGCAUUCACAAUUUGGAGCUCGCUCCUUCAGCACUCAACAUCUCCCCUCGACUCUCCUCUUUCACAAAACCACCAACAACGCCCAAAACUCCUUUACGACCGCAACCCUCGCCGAGAUCAGACAACGGCACGCUAGUAUCCUUCGACGAUGAAACCGUUUACUUCAAACCCGACUUCGCCUCCCUUCAUUCGCCCUCAAUCUCCGACUUCCCUCUACCAUCACCUACUCCGGCACCAAUAAUCCAGAAAGAUCUCUCCCUACAAAUUUGUCUCGACCUUUUGACCAGAGACCUAUCAGCGCAUUUGAUGCCCGGUUUGAGACAUCGACAAAACCGGAACUCGACGGGGGGGAAGAAGGAGGAGAAGUUGUCGACGGAGACGUCAGCUCUUCAAGUGUGGGUGAUGAUUGAGGGGUAUGAGAAACUCCGGGAAGAGUUGCUCCAGGAAGGGAAGUUUGGGGAGGUGGAUGGGCAGCAGAAGGAGGCGGUGAAAGCCAUGUUGGAGACGUGGUUGAGUGCGUUGUAUAAGAUUUAUGAUGAGUUGAGUGAGGAGGCUUUCGAGGUUAGGGAUGAUAACGGGAGUGAGUGUAAUUAUAGUGGGGAUGAGGAUGGGUAUGUUUCUGAGUAG